CCGCAUGUUCAGAACAAGACCAUGUUCAGCACAACAUGGAACAUAGGUCCCUUCACACGCACGUUUCAAUCCAUGCAGAUGAUCAGUGUCAAAUUUCGUCAUGUCAUAAACAUAGUGAGCUGUAAGCAGAGUAAAUACUUUCAAUCAGGUAACUGUCACCUUGCCGCCAAGCUACCAGUUGUACAUCACAAUGGCUUUAGCUGUGAGUGGCCUGAAAAGCACAGAUUUAAAAUGGGAAAGUUUAUUAAAGUGAUGGAAUGGAUCAUUAAAGACAAUCUGUCAGAGUCUGUCAAAAUCUUUCAACCAAUUGAACCAUCUUAUGAAGUUGUGACACACGUUCACAACUGUGACUAUGUAGAUGGUUUUAUCUCGGGAAGCAUUCCUCCAAAAGAAAUGAGGAAAACUGGAUUUCACUGGUCAGAGGGCCUUGUUAGAAGAUGCUUCCUAGAAGUAGGUGGAACCAUGCUCGCAGCCAAAUUAGCAAUAGAGUAUGGACUAUCAUGCAGCACUGGAGGUGGAACACACCAUGCUUUUCCCAGCCAUGGUUCAGGUUUCUGUAUGUUGAAUGAUCUUGCUGUCACUGCUAAGGACAUGGUCAAUAGUCAAGCUGUUGACAAAAUUCUCAUUGUUGACCUGGAUGUUCACCAGGGAGAUGGUACAGCCUUCAUCUUCAAAGAAAAUUAUUCUAUAUUUACGUUCUCUAUGCACUGCGAGAAAAACUUUCCACUCAGGAAACAACAAAGCGAUUUAGAUGUUGGUUUAGACUGUGGCUUGAAUGAUGAGCAGUAUUUGAGGAUGGUGAUGGAUUAUUUACCAUGGCUUAUGGACACAUUCAAACCUGACCUGAUACUGUAUGAUGCUGGAGUAGACCCACAUCAAGAUGAUGUACUUGGUAAACUGUGUCUCACAGAUCAAGGUACUGGAUAGGGACAAGGGAGGUUG